GCGGAGUCGAUGGAACGUCGUCGUGUUCACCCGCUCCCAUUCUCCUCCCCCUCUUCCUCUUCAUCCCACUACCGUCUCUAGUUUCUCUAGUAAUUGACAGCGGAGUAACGACCUCCUUCCAUCCUUCCCUCCAUCUCUCCUUCCCCAGGGCCGAUUGUGGACACAUCCCGGGAAGGGAGGCUGUCGGCAGGCGGACUAAACAUUGGUAAGACGGCGAACGGCAGCGGACCUUGGUGCUGGUUUCCAUCGAGGUGCUUCUGGCGUUAGCCGUGUGUGUUUAGCCGCACGGAUCUUCAGCGCUGCCGCCCGCUUCCGCAGCCACCUGAAACAUGGCUGCGGCUUCGGUGAAAGUGGCGGUGAGGGUGAGACCCUUCAACUCCAGGGAGAUGGCCAAGGACAGCAAAUGCAUCAUUCAAAUGUCAGGAAACACAACAACAAUCCUGAACCCCAAACAGCCAAAAGAAAACAAGAGUUUCAACUUUGACUACUCUUACUGGUCUCACACCACGCCAGAGGACAUCAAUUAUGCGUCGCAGAUGCAGGUGUACAAGGACAUCGGUGAGGAGAUGCUGCUUCAUGCUUUCGAGGGCUACAACGUGUGCAUAUUUGCAUACGGACAGACCGGGUCGGGCAAAAGCUACACAAUGAUGGGGCGACAGGAGAGGGACCAAGAGGGCAUCAUACCUCUGCUCUGUGAGGACCUUUUUACCAAGAUCAGUGACAGCAACAAUGAGAACAGCAUGUCUUACUCUGUUGAGGUGAGUUACAUGGAAAUCUACUGCGAGCGGGUCCGCGACUUGCUGAACCCCAAAAACAAAGGCAAUUUGCGCGUGAGGGAGCACCCGCUGAUGGGACCCUAUGUGGAAGAUUUGUCCAAACUGGCCGUCACCUCUUACAACGACAUCCAGGACCUGAUGGACUCUGGAAACAAAGCAAGGACCGUUGCUGCUACAAACAUGAACGAGACCAGCAGCCGCUCCCACGCCGUCUUUAACAUCAUCUUCACUCAGAAGAAAUAUGACUCUGAAAGUGACAACACAUCAGAAAAGGUCAGUAAGAUCAGCCUGGUGGACCUGGCUGGUAGCGAGCGGGCCGACUCUACCGGAGCCAAAGGAACCAGACUGAAGGAAGGAGCCAACAUCAACAAAUCUCUGACAACAUUGGGCAAAGUUAUUUCCGCUUUAGCUGAGCUGGGCUCAGUACCAAAUAAGAACAAGAAGAAGAAGAAGGCGGAGAGUUUUAUUCCAUACAGAGAUUCGGUCCUGACGUGGCUGCUGAGGGAGAACUUAGGUGGAAACUCUCGUACGGCCAUGGUGGCUGCUCUCAGCCCUGCCGACAUCAACUACGAUGAAACCCUAAGUACCCUGCGGUACGCCGAUCGUGCCAAACAGAUCCGCUGCAACGCCGUCAUCAAUGAGGACCCGAGCAACCGUCUCGUGCGUGAGCUUAAAGAGGAAGUGGCUCGCCUCAAGGACCUACUGUACGCUCAGGGCCUGGGCGACAUCAUCGAGAACCUGUGCGAUUACAAGAACUUUGCGAACGAUCGCCAGGCUGUCAAUCAAAGGGGUGCUCUUUUCGCAGUGACCAACGCCAUGACGGGAAUGAGCCCGUCCCCAUCGCUGUCGGCCCUGUCCAGUCGCGCCGGCUCCAUCAGCAACCUCCACGAUCGUAUCUUUAGCCCGGCGAGUGAAGAGGCCAUAGAGAGGCUCAAGGAAACUGAGAAAAUCAUCGCAGAACUCAAUGAGACCUGGGAGGAGAAACUACGACGUACUGAGGCCAUUCGCAUGGAGAGAGAGGCUCUAUUGGCUGAGAUGGGUGUCGCCAUGAGAGAAGAUGGAGGCACUGUUGGUGUUUUCUCCCCGAAAAAGACGCCGCAUUUGGUCAACCUGAACGAGGAUCCACUGAUGUCGGAGUGUCUGCUGUAUUACAUCAAAGACGGCAUCACCAAGGUCGGCCGUGAGAACGCCAAGACUCGCCAAGACAUUGUCCUGAGCGGACAUUUUAUCCGAGAUGAACACUGCACCUUCAGCAGCACCACAGGCCCUCAGGGGGAAGGUUGCGUCGUCCUGGAGCCAUGCGAGGACUCAGAGACCUACGUCAAUGGCAAAAGGGUGACCUCGCCCACUGUAUUGCGCUCGGGCAACCGCAUUAUCAUGGGUAAGAGCCACGUCUUUCGCUUCAACGACCCUGAGCAGGCCCGGUUGGAGCGCGAGAGGACGCCGUGCGCCGAGACGCCAGUGGAACCUGUUGACUGGGCCUUCGCUCAGCGAGAGCUGCUGGAUAAACAAGGCAUCGACAUGAAGCAGGAAAUGGAGCAGAGGCUUCAGGAACUUGAGGAUCAGUAUCGCAAAGAAAGAGAAGAAGCGAGUAUUUUGCUGGAGCAACAGAGGCUGGAUUAUGAGAGUAAGCUGGAGGCUCUUCAGAAGCAGGUGAACUCUCGCUACCUGGAGUCACCAGAAGAAGAAGAGGAGCCGGAGGAAGAAGUGCCGUGGACCAAGCGGGAGACCGAGCUCGCUCUAUGGGCUUUCAGGAAAUGGCGAUUCUACCAGUUCACUUCGCUCCGGGAUUUACUUUGGGGCAAUGCCAUCUUCCUCAAGGAGGCCAACGCUAUAAGUGUGGAGCUGAAGAAGAAGGUCCAGUUCCAGUUUGUCCUGUUGACGGACACACUUUACUCCCCCUUGCCUACCGAUCUGCUGCCUCCUAGCGAUAGUAAGGAUAGGGAGAGACGUCUUUUCCCUCGGACCAUCGUAGCCGUGGAAGUGCAGGAUCAAAAGAACGGCGCUACGCAUUACUGGACUCUGGAGAAGCUCAGGCAGAGGCUGGACCUGAUGAGAGAAAUGUACGACCGAGCUGCAGAGCUCCCUAGCAGUGCCGUAGAGGACUGUGACCACGCCCUCUCCGGCGGCGACCCCUUCUACGACCGCUUCCCAUGGUUCCGUCUGGUGGGCAGGGCGUUUGUGUACUUGAGUAACCUGCUGUAUCCUGUGCCGCUGGUGCACCGCGUGGCCAUUGUGAGCGAGAAGGGUGAAGUGAAGGGCUUCCUUAGAGUGGCUGUGCAGGCUAUUUCAGCGGAUGAGGAAGCUCCAGAUUACGGUUCUGGUGUGAGGCAGUCAGGCACCGCUAAGAUCUCCUUUGAGGAUAAGCAGUUUGAGAAGUUCCAGACAGAGGCAUGCCCGAGCCUUCUUUCCCCCUCCAACACCUCCCAGGAGGAGCUCCGCAUUGUGGAAGGCGAGGGUCAGAAUGUAGAGAUGGGCAUCUCUGCAGAUGAAGUCAACAACAACACUUGUGAAGCCACUCCAGAGCCCCCAGAGAGCCCGGUGAAGAGUCUAGUGGGACUGGGUCUGGAUCUCCCUCUGGAACUCUCACCAGAGAAGGCUCUGUCUCACCUGCAGAUAGGCAGCACCUUCACCUUCAGAGUCACCGUCUUACAAGCCUCCAGCAUCUCGGCUGAGUACGCCGACAUAUUUUGCCAGUUUAACUUUAUUCAUCGCCAUGAUGAAGCGUUCUCCACUGAGCCAUUGAAGAACACUGGCAGGGGACCACCGCUUGGCUUCUACCAUGUCCAAAAUAUCACAGUGGAGGUGACCAAGUCCUUUGUGGAGUAUAUCAAGACACAGCCUAUUGUCUUUGAGGUGUUUGGUCACUAUCAAAAGCAACCUUUCCCACCACUCUGCAAAGACUUAAUCAGUCCACUGAGACCUUCCAGGCGGCAAUUUCCCAGAGUGAUGCCUUUGUCCAAACCGGUGCCGGCCACUAAGCUCAGCACGCUGACCCGUUCCACCGCUGGCCCUUGUCACUCUAAAUAUGACUUGAUGGUCUUUUUUGAGAUCUGUGAGCUGGAAGCGAGCGGAGAUUACAUUCCAGCUGUUGUUGACCACAGAGGCGGGAUGCCCUGCCAUGGCACUUACCUCCUGCAUCAGGGUAUUCAAAGGAGGAUCACCGUCACCAUUGCUCAUGAAAAUGGAAAUGACAUCGAAUGGAAGGAAGUGAAGGAGCUGGUUAUUGGUAAAUGUCGUAUCCGCAACACCCCUGAGGCUGAUGAGACCAUCAUAGACCCCAACAUCCUCUCCCUCAACAUCCUGUCUUCUGGAUAUUUCUGGCCAAAACCUGAUGACAAUGUGUCCUUGGGAGUUGAUCAUAGAACUUUCUAUCGCUUUGAAGCAGCAUGGGACAGCUCCAUGCACAACUCCCUUCUCCUGAAUAGAGUUACCCCCUAUGGAGAGAAAAUCUACAUCACCCUCUCAGCUUAUCUGGAGAUGGAGAACUGCACUCAGCCGACAGUCAUCACCAAAGAUUUUUGUAUGGUAUUUUACUCCCGUGACACAAAGCUUCCGGCCUCUCGUUCCAUCAAGAACCUCUUCAGUACGGGCUGUCUCAGGCCUUCAGAGAGUAACCGUGUCACCGGGGUCUAUGAGGUGACUCUCUGCUACGUGGCGGACAACGGAAGUCCAGGCAUGCAGCGGCGUCGCAGACGUGUUCUGGACACAUCAGUAGCGUACGUCCGAGGGGAGGAGAACCUGGCCGGAUGGCGACCUCGCAGUGACAGCCUCAUUUUAGACCAUCAAUGGGAGCUGGAGAAACUCAGUUUACUUCAGGAGGUGGAGAAGACUCGACACUACCUGUUACUACGAGAGAAACUAGAAGCGACCUUGCAGGCUGGACAGGAUGCCCUUUACAAGAGUGGCGACAUCAGCGACUUUGCAAAGAGUCCUGUCAUUAGCCAGAGUCCUAUAGGCAGCCCGGCGAUGGACAGCCCCAACCAGAGGCAGAGGGAGCUGGCUGCCAAGUGUCUGCGUCUGCUGAUGCACACCUUCAACAGGGACUACAGCCAGGUGAGCAGCAGUGCCAGUGAGAGCAAGCUCUCUGAGAUGUCCGCGUCAUUGAUGAGGGGGGAGUCCUGCUCCACGCUGAACACGCUCACUCCGUCCUCCACUUGCCCCUCACUGGUCGAGGGACACUACGACAUCAGACACACUGAGCCCGGUUCAGGAGCAUCCACCCCUGAUCUGGACCCGUUCAGCCCAGUGGACAGAAAGAAGACUCUCAAAAGCUGCAGCUUUGUUCCCGAUAUACAAGAGAUCCGAGUCAGCCCCAUCGUGUCAAAGAAGGGCUACCUGCACUUCCUGGAGCCGCACACCAGCGGCUGGGUCAAACGCUACGUGGUGGUGCGCCGGCCCUACGUUUACCUUUAUCGCAGCGAGAGAGACAACGUGGAGCGAGCCGUCAUCAACCUGUCGUCGGCCAAGGUGGAAUACAGUGAAGACAAACAGACCUUGCUGCGGACCCCAAACACGUUCACCGUGUGCACCGACCAUCGUGGGAUACUGCUACAAGCCAACAAUGACAAAGAGAUGCAUGACUGGCUUUAUGCCUUCAAUCCUUUGUUGGCGGGUACCAUUAGGUCCAAACUCUCAAGAAGAAAGUCUCUCCAGUCAGUACCGGUUGCCCAGAGGAUGUAAGAAUAAAAGGGGCCUAUAGUGACAAAUGAUCUACUGUACACACCCACGCAUACACACACACACACACAAAUGGUACAAAUCACUCGCCUACCCCACCAACCACAUAAAUACACUUCUACAUAAAGCAACAUUGAAAUAACCUAUAUACACGCACACACACACACACACACACACACACACACACACACACACACACACACACACACACACACACACACACACACACACACACACACAUAUAUAUAUGUGUGUAUAUACUGUAUAUGUGUGUGUAUAUAUAUGGGUAUGUUACGUAUAUAUUAAUAAAUAUU